GCCUCCAGUGACGACAAAUCUCAGAAGCCUCCUUUCAACGCACUAUCUUUGCUCGAUCGUUUCUUAGUUGUCUGGAUCAUCCUCGCGAUGGCUAUCGGGAUCGUGCUGGGAAACUUCGUCCCUUCUACUGGGCCGGCGCUCCAGCGAGGCAAAUUUGCUGAAGUCAGUGUGCCCAUCGCCGUGGGACUUCUAGUUAUGAUGUACCCGAUCCUCUGCAAGGUUCGCUACGAGACUCUCUACCUUUUACUCCGGGAUCGCGGCCUCUGGAUCCAAAUCCUCUUCUCCUUCGUCCUCAAUUGGAUCAUCGCCCCACUGUUCAUGGUUGGUCUUGCUUGGGCCUUUCUUCCUGACAGACAAGACCUCCGUGAGGGACUCAUCUUCGUUGGAAUCGCACGAUGCAUUGCAAUGGUGCUUAUAUGGACGGAUUUGGCUGGCGGUGAUGGCGACUAUUGUGCAGUGCUGGUCGCCUUCAACUCCAUAUUACAAAUCGUCUUGUUUGCACCGUUCGCGGUAUUCUACAUCAAGAUCGUCAGCCAUUCAAGCAGUGCGGUGUCUGUCAGCUACAGCGGCGUAGCCACCAGUGUAGCUGUGUUUUUGGGCAUUCCACUUGGAGCAGCGGUCAUGACUCGCUUGUCGCUCCGCGGGUUGCUCGGCGAGCGCCGGUACCAGCAAUACUUCCUCCGCUAUAUCGGUCCUUUCUCUUUGAUUGGACUCAUAUACACCAUAAUUGUUCUGUUCGCAUCACAAGGCCGCCACGUUGUUGACCAGAUCACUUCGGUGCUGCGGGUCUGCGCACCUUUGGUUGUGUAUUUCCUAGUCAUCUUCUCUGCAACAGCUCUAGCCUGUUGGAAGUUUGGAUUUGGGUAUAGAGUUAGUUGCACACAAAGCUUCACUGCAGCAAGCAAUAACUUCGAACUUGCCAUUGCUGUUGUUGUUGCUGUGUAUGGAGCUGGGAGUGGACAAGCUCUGGCAUGUACCGUCGGUCCCUUGAUUGAGGUUCCAGUGCUUGUUGCUCUUGUAUAUGUGCUCAAGUGGGUUCAAAAGAAAUGGAACUGGAAA